UGAAACCGUGAGGAAUAAAAUUUAUUGUGGAAACCGUCAUAUCAUGACUAAUCUUAAAUAGCACUGAAUUUUACAAUGCUAAUAGCAGUUACAAUGUUCACUUAAUUAUUAAUACCAGUACCAAUACACAACUAGACAUUAAAAGAUGUUUUUAGUGGGUUUAACAGGUGGAAUAGCUACUGGAAAAAGUAGUGUUGCUGCUGUUUUUCGUGAACACGGUAUACCUGUCAUCGAUGCCGAUCAAAUAGCACGGAAAGUUGUAGAACCUGGAAAACCAGCAUGGCACAAAAUACAAAAAGAGUUUGGUCCAGAUGUAUUCUUAGAUACAAAGGAACUAGAUAGAAUUAAACUUGGUGAUUUAAUAUUUAAUGAUAUAGAAAAAAGAAAAAAGUUGAACGCUAUAACACAUCCACAUAUAUAUAAAGAAAUAUACUGGCAAACAUUCAAAUAUUUUCUACAAGGUCAUCAAUUUAUAGUCAUGGAUUUGCCACUACUUUUUGAAACAGGGCACAUGUUAAAUUACUUGCAUAAAAUAAUUGUUGUGACUUGCGAAGAGGAUUUGCAAUUACAACGACUCAUCGAAAGGACAGGUAUCACAGAAGCUAAAGCAAAACUAAGAAUUGCUGCACAAAUGCCCUUGGAGAAAAAAGCGGAAAUGGCAAAUUUUGUCAUUGAAAAUUCUAGUAGUGAACGUGAUACUAGAGAACAAACUAUUAAAGUCAUUAAUGUCUUAAAGUCUUCCAAAUACCACUGGAAAUUACGACUUUUAGUUGGACUUUGUUGUACCGUCUUAUUAGCGGGUGUAUACUGGCUGAAAAAUAAAACUGUUCGUUCUUUACCGAGUACAGCAUAAAACGAACUAUUUACGGAAUUUUAUCAAUUCACUUUGGGAUCCAGUGUAUAGCGCUUUAUCGAAUUUAUGAAUUUACCCAUUUACGUACAGGAAUAAAUUACUUUAACAUAAUAUAUAAUUACAAUUAAUAGUAUUAUUUUUUUAAAUUUUCUUAUAUAUAUACUUUUUUUUUAAAUAACCAAUGAAUUUUCUGUGAUAUAAUACAGAUACAAAACUUUAUGUUUCAAUGUUUUUAUAAAAUGCGUAACAGUUACAUAAAUAUAUAAUACAAAGAUUGUAAUUAGCUUCUGGUUUAUGUAUUUCAAUGAAUAGAAUGUCAUUAAUUGAUCAAUUUAAA